AUGGCAUAUUUUAAUUUAUGCUUACUAUUACCAGAACAGCCCCAGGAGUUGAGAAACAAGAUCAAAAAUGCCGGAGUGUUCCAUUUUAGGUUUCCCUUGGAGAAACCCAAUAGAGAAGGAUGCUUUGAGAAUGGUAGUGGCCUAGAGGAUAACAUUGAAAUCAGUGCAUUUGAGGCAUUGGAAACCAGAUGCUUUCAACUUCUUCCAGAGAACAUGAAGCUAGCCCACAUCAUUCAAAACUAUUACUAUGAGCAUAGAGCAACCACAUCCAUGAGAAAUCAUGGGAUUGUUGUUGAUGGAUUACAGACUAUCAUGAAAACACCUCCAGAUGAGAACUCUGA